CCCCGCUCCUCCCAGCGGCCCCCGCGUCUCAAGAUGGCGGCGGUGCCAGAGACGCGGGGCCCGGCCCGGUAGUUCCGCCGCACCGAUGGGGCCCCGCGGCCCCGCUGGGCCGCGCUGCUGCGUCCUCUACGCCGUCCUGGGUGCCCUGGUUUGCGGUUUGCGGCCGGCGGUGGCGAUGGUGGCGAGCGACGAGAAGCGCUCGGCGAGCCCGGUGGUGGCCACGCAGUGCUGGCAGGUGGAGGACUUCGUGGUGGCUCAGGAAUGCACCCGCUGCUCCAGCUUUCAGACGAAGACGAUACUGGCGUGCAGCCCCACGGGCUUCAUUGAGAAGAUCAACUGUGCCACCUCUAAGAAGGAUGAGUUCAAGAGCUGUCGCUCCGCAGUGAUGGAGGCGCACGUUUUCUGGAGGUUCGUGGGCACCAUGAUGUGCGUGGCCGCCGUCUUUGCGGUGCUGGUGGUGUGUCGCCAGCGUGUGCUGGACAGAAAGGCCCUGGAGAAAGUCCGCAAGCAGAUCGAGUCCAUUUAGCAGAGCCUGGCUGCCCUGGAGAGGAGGACUCUGCUCGCCCACUUCUCCCAGCUGGGUGGGAGGAUGAACUGGCGCCUGGGGAAGGCCCUGUGAACACGGAAUCCUGCCGGGAACUGCAUUCCGCUGCCUCGGAUGCCACUGGGGCGUCCCGUGGGGCCGGCUGAGGGGUGUCCUGCCAGCGCAGGGGGCCCUGGGGAGCGCAAUGUGUAAUAAAUCCUGGUCGUUGUCACCGGA